AUGGGCUGUGUCAUCCACGGAUCAAAGUGUGUGGAUCUACCGAGAGGAUUCAAGUGCCAUUGUUUACCCGGUUUAACGGGACGAUUCUGCGAGGUGAACAUAGAUGACUGUGAAGAGAAGCCGUGCGGUGUUCUAAGCAUUUGCAAAGACACCUUCAACGACUACAAUUGUUUCUGUGCACCUGGAUUCAUUGGUAAUAACUGUGAGGUGGAGGUAAACGAGUGUCUGAGCCAGCCCUGCCACAACGGAGCUUCCUGCUCUGAUGAGCUCAACGCAUUCAGCUGCUUAUGCCCAAUCGGAGUCACAGGUGACUACUGUGAAAUCAACAUUGAUGAGUGUCUAUCAGGGCCGUGCAGACACAAUAGCACGUGUUUGGACCUGGCCAAUGGCUAUGAAUGUGUCUGUCUACCCGGCUUUACUGGCGCUGGGUUUGAGUUCGACAUUGACGAGUGUGCCUCUUCUCCCUGCAAGAACGGAGCCACUUGCAUUGACCAGCCUGGCAAUUACCACUGUCAGUGUGUGGCUCCAUUCAAAGGUAGGAACUGUGAGUUCCUCCCCUGUGAGGCCAACAACCCCUGUGAGAACGGUGCUGAGUGUGUAGAGGAACCUGAUCAGGUCCAUUUCCCCCUGGGUUUCCGCUGUCGCUGUCGACGUGGCUUCACAGGCCCCGCUGUGAGAUCAACAUGGACGAGUGCAGCUCAAACCCCUGCCUUCACGGCUUCUGCUACGAUGUGGUAGAUGGGUUCUACUGCCUGUGCAACCCUGGCUAUGCUGGUGUGAGAUGUGAUCAAGACAUAUAUGACUGUGCCAGCAACAUGUGCAGCAACAACUCAACCUGCAGAGACCUCCACUUGACUUAUGAGUGCCUCUGUGUCCCCGGAUGGGAGGGCGAGUUCUGCCAACAGGAAAUAGACGAGUGUUCAUCACAGCCGUGCAAAAACAACGCCACCUGUACUGACCUCCUCAACAGCUACCAGUGUCUGUGCCCGCAGGGCUGGGCAGGUGUGGACUGCUCUGAGGAUGUGGAUGAGUGUGGCUCUGGGCCCUGUCUUAAUGGAGCUCAGUGUCAGGAGUCACCCCUACCUGGGGAGUUCAGCUGCACCUGCCCCCCCUUCUUCAGUGGGCCCUUAUGCAACAUGCCCUUUGACCCCUGUGACUCUGCCCACGAUCCCUGCCUGCACAAUGCUACCUGCCUGACUCGUUCUGAUGGAACAGCAGCCUGCAGAUGCCGA